AUGGCCAGGGCACAAGUCUACGCUACAACAGGUACACCCCUGGAGAGACUGUGGCUCAUAGAUAAGGCUCCACUUGGAGCAGGAAGGACAAGAAACCAUGGCCACUAUGUCUGCAGCACUUGGGGAAACAACCAUUUCAAAACUUUUGAUGGAGACAUCUAUCAAUUCCCUGGCAUUUGCGAGUACAAUUUUGCUUCUGACUGCCAAGAAUCUUACAAGGAGUUCUCUGUCCACAUUCAGCGUGCUCUGAACAGCAAUAACCACCCUGAGAUCCAGUAUAUUCUGAUAACAAUCAAGGACUUUACUGUGUACCUCAGACCAAAACUGGCUGUAGUGGAUGGGCGGAUUGUGAAGACACCUUACUACAGCUCUGGUGUGUUCAUUGAGAGCAAUGACAUUUACACCAAGGUUUAUGCCAAAUUAGGCCUGAUUCUGAUAUGGAAUCAGCAAGAUGCACUGAUGGUGGAGCUGGACAGCAAAUUUAACAACCAUACAUGUGGUCUCUGUGGCGAUUACAAUGGAGUUCCAAUCUACAAUGAGUUUAUCAAUGGAGUUACAAGCUACAAUUCAAUAACGUAUGGGAAUUUACAGAAGAUCAGCAAACCCAAUACCAAAUGUGAAGAUCCUGAUGAAACUCAGGCUCUUCCAAGCUGCAAUGGGCAUCGCAAUGAGUGUGAGAGGUUGCUGACUUCCUCUGCAUUCGCUGAUUGUUGGUUACGUCUUAAUUUGGAAAUGUACAUCCAAGCCUGCAUGCAGGACAAGUGUGCAUGUAAUGGAAAUGAGGACUCCUUCUGCCUCUGCAGCACCAUCUCUGAGUAUUCUCGUCAGUGUUCGCAUGCGGGUGGCCGGCCUGGUGAAUGGAGGACACAGUACUUUUGCCCCAAGACCUGUCCUGAUACCAUGAUCUAUAGAGAAAGCAGCUCACCCUGCAUGGAUACUUGCUCACACUUGGAGAUCAGCAGCCUUUGUGAGGAACACUACAUGGAUGGCUGUUUCUGCCCUGAAGGAACUGUGUAUGAUGAUAUUACUGAAAAAGGUUGCAUACUUGCUAGCCAGUGCUACUGCAAACUCCAUGGAAAGGAGUAUUCACCUGGAGAAAGCAUUAUCAAUGAAUGUGAAGAAUGCACCUGUGAUUCAGGCAGAUGGACGUGCAAAGAUUUACCCUGCCCAGGCACAUGUUCAGUGGAAGGAGGUUCCCAUAUUACCACCUUUGAUGGGAAGAAAUACACCUUCCAUGGAGACUGCUACUAUGUGUUGGCGAAGGGUACUGUAAAUGACAGUCAUGCUCUCCUGGCAGAGCUGUCUCCCUGUGGCUCCACAGACAGGCAGACCUGUUUGAAGACUGUUGUGCUGUUAGUAGAUCACAAAAAAAAUGUGGUGGUUUUCAGAUCAGAUGGCAGUGUGUUACUGAAUGAGAUGACAGUGAAUGUGCCUCAUGUGUCAGCCAGCUUCUCAGUAUUCAAGCCAUCUUCCUACUACCUUGUUGCACAAACUUCUUUUGGGCUUCAGCUGCAGAUUCAGUUGUUUCCAGUCAUGCAGCUGUUUGUGACUGUGGAUCAAUCAGUUCAAGGAAAACUUCAAGGUCUUUGUGGAAACUUUAACGGAAUGGAAGGUGAUGACUUUAAAACAACAAGUGGGCUGGUAGAAGCUACAGGAUCUGCCUUUGCUAACACAUGGAAAGCUCAGUCCACCUGUACAGACCAGGUAGAAAAGCUGGAAGACCCCUGCAGUCUCAGCACUGAAAGUGCAAAUUAUGCUGAGCAUUGGUGUUCUUUGCUGAAAAACUCAGAGGGUCCUUUUGCAAGAUGUCACUUAAUCAUUGAUCCUUCAGAAUAUUAUAAGAAAUGUAAAUAUGACACCUGCCUCUGCGAAGACAAUGAAGAAUGCUUGUGUGCUGCCCUGUCCUCUUACUCGAGAGCCUGUGCUUUCAAAGGGAUCAUACUGGGAGGCUGGAGAAAAAAUAUUUGCACUAGUGAAGUGUCUGCUUGCCCAGGAAAUCAAAUCUUCCUUUACAAUCUUACAAUGUGCCAGCAAACCUGUCGUUCCCUUGCUGAUGGUGAAAAGCAUUGCUUGCAAGACUUUCCUCCCAUGGAUGGCUGUGGCUGCCCAUAUAAUACAUACUUGGAUAACCAAGAUACCUGUGUGCCCAUCUCCAAGUGCCCAUGUUAUUACAAGGGAUCAUACCUGGAACCGGGGGAAUAUGUCACAAAAGAUGGAGAACGUUGUGUUUGCCGAAAUGCAAAGGUCCAGUGUACUUCAGUGACAAUAAAAAUGAAAAGUACAACAGAAUGUUCUUCUAAUAAGAUGUACUUUGACUGCAAUGCAUCCCCAAAGUGGACUUCGCAAACGCCUCUACAGCUUAGCUGUCAUACUCCUCGAACUGAUCAUUUCCAGGCAGAGUGUGUCUCAGGCUGUGUGUGUCCUGAAGGUCUUUUUGAUGAUGGGAAAGGGGGCUGUGUUGAGGAGAAGGACUGCCCAUGCAUUCAUAACAACCAGUGGUAUUCUCCAGGACAGAAGAUAACAGUGGACUGCAACACCUGUACCUGCCAAAAAGGGCUUUGGAGCUGCACUGAAGAUGUGUGCUAUGGGACUUGUAUGAUAUAUGGAAGUGGCCAUUAUAUCACCUUUGAUGGAAAAUUCUAUGACUUUGAUGGGAGUUGUGAAUAUGUGGCUACUCAGGAUUUUUGUGGUGACAAAAACUCCAGCAGCUCAUUCAGUAUCAUCACAGAGAAUGUCCCUUGUGGGACUACAGGGGUCACCUGCUCAAAGGCUAUUAAAAUGUUUCUAGGGAAAACUGAACUGAAAUUGGAGAACAAAGAUUAUAAAGAAAUUCAGCGAGAUAUUGGUGAUGAUGUGCGUUAUUGGAACAGGACAGUAGGCCUCUACCUUGUUAUUGAGGCUAGCAACGGUGUGAUGCUUAUCUGGGAUAAGAAGACUACUAUUUUCAUCAAGCUGACGCCUGAUUACAAAGGCAAAGUGUGUGGUCUGUGUGGCAACUUUGAUGACAAGUCUAACAAUGACUUUACAACAAGGAGUGGGCUGCAGGAGACUAAUGCUCUGAAGUUUGGGAAUUCCUGGAAACAGUCUUCCAUGUGCCCAGAUAUCACACAAGAGAUUAAGCCCUGUGAUGUGAAACCACAUCGGAAGUCCUGGGCAGAGAAAGAAUGCAGCAUCAUCCGGAGUGAAGUCUUUAAAAUUUGUCACUCCAAGGUGGACCCGAUUCCUUUCUAUGAAGCCUGUGUUCAUGAUGCCUGCUCUUGUGACAGUGGUGGAGAUUGUGAGUGCUUCUGUUCUGCAGUUGCUGCAUACGCUCAGGAAUGUACCAAGGCUCAGGCCUGUGUUUUCUGGAGAACUCCCGAUAUAUGCCCGAUAUUUUGUGACUACUACAACCCUCGUAAUGAGUGUGACUGGCACUAUGAGCCUUGUGGCAGUAAUGUCACAACCUGCAGGAUGAUUAAUAAUGUCAGCACCAACUUUUCAGUACCAUACCUGGAAGGUUGCUACCCCAGAUGCCCUAAGGACAAACCUGUUUAUAAUGAAGAGACAAAGGAAUGUGUGCCUGAAGAUCAAUGUUGGUGUUACAUCAAUGGAACUCAUGUUCCCCCUGGAAGCGAAAUACCCACAGAAGAGAACUGUACAAAAUGUAUCUGUGGCCCCUCAGGAUCCAUACAGUGUACACCAAUCCCAGGGUGUCCUUGUGUCAUCAAUGGAACAAGUUAUGAAGUGGGUGAAAUUGUGGCACAAAUACAGGAUGGCAACAUAUGUAUAACAUACGUUUGUGCAGAAAAUGGUUCUAUAGUUGUUGGAAGUACUUACCCUUGUCCGACAUCUACUUCACCUACAACCAUUUCAACCUCCUUUCCUACUAGUACUCUUACCACCACAGUUAUCACUACAAGCCCUCCAGUAACUACAACUCCAUGCUUUGGAUUCAUCUGUAAUUGGACUCAGUGGUUUGAUGUUAGUAAACCUGAAGAAGAUGGUGGUGACUAUGAAACCUAUGAUGCAAUAAGAAAUGAACAUGGAAACAAAAUAUGUGAAGCUCCUGAAGACAUUGAAUGCAGGGCUAAAGAUAAUCCCGAUAUGAGCUUAGAGGAACUUGGCCAGAAAGUGGAGUGUAAUGUUACAUAUGGACUAAUCUGUAAAAAUGAGGAGCAAGAUGCAACUAUGUGGCAACUUUGCUAUAAUUAUGAAAUCAGGGUAAACUGUUGUGAGUGGAGUGAAAUUUCUUGUGAGACUACAAGUACACUGAGUCCAACACCAACUGCAACUUCAACCACCACCAGCACAACAGUACCCAUCACCACUACAGUCAGGCAGUCAACAGCAGUUACCACCAUGCCCAUUCCCACCCCAACUAUCACCAGCGAAUUCACACCAUCAGUCACCACCCCAGUAACUUCAACCUCUCCAGCCCCACCUUCGUCCACAACGAGAACAGUGUCCCCUCCACCCGUAUCGACAACCGCUCCCACGCCAACGCCAUCGGAGCCUCCCAGCAGCACCGCCACCACCACCAUGCCACCCAGAAGCACCACCAGCAGCACCCUGGGGACAACGACGAUGGUUCCUAGCACACCAGCACCCACCCCAACUACUGCAAGCACAUCCACGCCCACACCAACGUACACCACCACCUCAUCGCGUCCAGAAUGUGACUGCAUCUGGACGGACUGGAUUGAUGUGAGUUACCCAAAUAGUUCUGACAGAAACAGCGGUGACUACGAAACCUUUGAGAAUAUCCUGAAGAAUGACUCCUCCUGGGUCUGUGCAAAAGCUGAGAAUAUUUCGUGCAGGGCAGAGCAAUUCCCUCACAUUCCCAUUGCAGAUUUAGGGCAGAAGGUGGAAUGCAGUGUUAACACAGGGCUCAUCUGUAACAAUAGCGAUCAGGUCAUAGGAGGUAUAAUACCGAUGCCUGUCUGCCUCAAUUACGAGAUCAGUGUCUGCUGCAUCCCCAACAUACCGCAGUGUAUUACAAGUACCACCACGAGCACCACGACAGCCCCACCUUCGUCCACAACGAGAACAGUGUCCCCUCCACCCGUAUCGACAACCGCUCCCACGCCAACGCCAUCGGAGCCUCCCAGCAGCACCGCCACCACCACCAUGCCACCCAGAAGCACCACCAGCAGCACCCUGGGGACAACGACGAUGGUUCCUAGCACACCAGCACCCACCCCAACUACUGCAAGCACAUCCACGCCCACACCAACGUACACCACCACCUCAUCGCGUCCAGAAUGUGACUGCAUCUGGACGGACUGGAUUGAUGUGAGUUACCCAAAUAGUUCUGACAGAAACAGCGGUGACUACGAAACCUUUGAGAAUAUCCUGAAGAAUGACUCCUCCUGGGUCUGUGCAAAAGCUGAGAAUAUUUCGUGCAGGGCAGAGCAAUUCCCUCACAUUCCCAUUGCAGAUUUAGGGCAGAAGGUGGAAUGCAGUGUUAACACAGGGCUCAUCUGUAACAAUAGCGAUCAGGUCAUAGGAGGUAUAAUACCGAUGCCUGUCUGCCUCAAUUACGAGAUCAGUGUCUGCUGCAUCCCCAACAUACCGCAGUGUAUUACAAGUACCACCACGAGCACCACGACAGCCCCACCUUCGUCCACAACGAGAACAGUGUCCCCUCCACCCGUAUCGACAACCGCUCCCACGCCAACGCCAUCGGAGCCUCCCAGCAGCACCGCCACCACCACCAUGCCACCCAGAAGCACCACCAGCAGCACCCUGGGGACAACGACGAUGGUUCCUAGCACACCAGCACCCACCCCAACUACUGCAAGCACAUCCACGCCCACACCAACGUACACCACCACCUCAUCGCAUCCAGAAUGUGACUGCAUCUGGACGGACUGGAUUGAUGUGAGUUACCCAAAUAGUUCUGACAGAAACAGCGGUGACUACGAAACCUUUGAGAAUAUCCUGAAGAAUGACUCCUCCUGGGUCUGUGCAAAAGCUGAGAAUAUUUCGUGCAGGGCAGAGCAAUUCCCUCACAUUCCCAUUGCAGAUUUAGGGCAGAAGGUGGAAUGCAGUGUUAACACAGGGCUCAUCUGUAACAAUAGCGAUCAGGUCAUAGGAGGUAUAAUACCGAUGCCUGUCUGCCUCAAUUACGAGAUCAGUGUCUGCUGCAUCCCCAACAUACCGCAGUGUAUUACAAGUACCACCACGAGCACCACGACAGCCCCACCUUCGUCCACAACGAGAACAGUGUCCCCUCCACCCGUAUCGACAACCGCUCCCACGCCAACGCCAUCGGAGCCUCCCAGCAGCACCGCCACCACCACCAUGCCACCCAGAAGCACCACCAGCAGCACCCUGGGGACAACGACGAUGGUUCCUAGCACACCAGCACCCACCCCAACUACUGCAAGCACAUCCACGCCCACACCAACGUACACCACCACCUCAUCGCGUCCAGAAUGUGACUGCAUCUGGACGGACUGGAUUGAUGUGAGUUACCCAAAUAGUUCUGACAGAAACAGCGGUGACUACGAAACCUUUGAGAAUAUCCUGAAGAAUGACUCCUCCUGGGUCUGUGCAAAAGCUGAGAAUAUUUCGUGCAGGGCAGAGCAAUUCCCUCACAUUCCCAUUGCAGAUUUAGGGCAGAAGGUGGAAUGCAGUGUUAACACAGGGCUCAUCUGUAACAAUAGCGAUCAGGUCAUAGGAGGUAUAAUACCGAUGCCUGUCUGCCUCAAUUACGAGAUCAGUGUCUGCUGCAUCCCCAACAUACCGCAGUGUAUUACAAGUACCACCACGAGCACCACGACAGCCCCACCUUCGUCCACAACGAGAACAGUGUCCCCUCCACCCGUAUCGACAACCGCUCCCACGCCAACGCCAUCGGAGCCUCCCAGCAGCACCGCCACCACCACCAUGCCACCCAGAAGCACCACCAGCAGCACCCUGGGGACAACGACGAUGGUUCCUAGCACACCAGCACCCACCCCAACUACUGCAAGCACAUCCACGCCCACACCAACGUACACCACCACCUCAUCGCGUCCAGAAUGUGACUGCAUCUGGACGGACUGGAUUGAUGUGAGUUACCCAAAUAGUUCUGACAGAAACAGCGGUGACUACGAAACCUUUGAGAAUAUCCUGAAGAAUGACUCCUCCUGGGUCUGUGCAAAAGCUGAGAAUAUUUCGUGCAGGGCAGAGCAAUUCCCUCACAUUCCCAUUGCAGAUUUAGGGCAGAAGGUGGAAUGCAGUGUUAACACAGGGCUCAUCUGUAACAAUAGCGAUCAGGUCAUAGGAGGUAUAAUACCGAUGCCUGUCUGCCUCAAUUACGAGAUCAGUGUCUGCUGCAUCCCCAACAUACCGCAGUGUAUUACAAGUACCACCACGAGCACCACGACAGCCCCACCUUCGUCCACAACGAGAACAGUGUCCCCUCCACCCGUAUCGACAACCGCUCCCACGCCAACGCCAUCGGAGCCUCCCAGCAGCACCGCCACCACCACCAUGCCACCCAGAAGCACCACCAGCAGCACCCUGGGGACAACGACGAUGGUUCCUGGCACACCAGCACCCACCCCAACUACUGCAACCACGUUCACACCACCAACAAUAAUCACUAAAACCCCACUGCCUCCAUCUUCAGAAGCAAUAAAGGGUACAACACCUGAAUCAGGAACACCGAUAAGCACUACAGUUACUCCUUCAGCUACCCCACAGCCAACAACUAGAACAACGGAAAUACAAAGUAUAGUGUCUACCAUAGGCACGACUAUACAACAGUCAAUAACAUCAGUGUCAACAAGCCCAGUGACAGUCAGCACGUCUGGAGUCACUGAAACAGGAUCAACCACCAGAACCACCACUUCGGGCCCCACACCCUCCAGGCCCACUCCCCACAGCACCACAACAGUAAUGGAGACAACUAGCCACGAGACCUCUACCACGGGGACUGGGAGCCCUCCGACAGGACCACCUAGCAGCACCACCAGCACCACAACCUCAGGACCAUCUUCCCCAAUGUCUACAGCCAGCACUACUGUAUCACCACCACCAGUGUCAACAAGCCCAGUGACAGUCAGCACGUCUGGAGUCACUGAAACAGGAUCAACCACCAGAACCACCACUUCGGGCCCCACACCCUCCGGACCCACUCCCCACAGCACCACAACAGUAAUGGAAACAACUAGCCACGAGACCUCUACCACGGGGACUGGGAGCCCUCCGACAGGACCACCUAGCAGCACCACCAGCACCACAACCUCAGGACCAUCUUCCCCAAUGUCUACAGCCAGCACUACUGUAUCACCACCACCAGUGUCAACAAGCCCAGUGACAGUCAGCACGUCUGGAGUCACUGAAACAGGAUCAACCACCAGAACCACCACUUCGGGCCCCACACCCUCCAGGCCCACUCCCCACAGCACCACAACAGUAAUGGAGACAACUAGCCACGAGACCUCUACCACGGGGACUGGGAGCCCUCCGACAGGACCACCUAGCAGCACCACCAGCACCACAACCUCAGGACCAUCUUCCCCAAUGUCUACAGCCAGCACUACUGUAUCACCACCACCAGUGUCAACAAGCCCAGUGACAGUCAGCACGUCUGGAGUCACUGAAACAGGAUCGACCACCAGAACCACCACUUCGGGCCCCACACCCUCCAGGCCCACUCCCCACAGCACCACAACAGUAAUGGAAACAACUAGCCAUGAGACCUCUACCACGGGGACUGGGAGCCCUCCGACAGGACCACCUAGCAGCACCACCAGCACCACAACCUCAGGACCAUCUUCCCCAAUGUCUACAGCCAGCACUACUGUAUCACCACCACCAGUGUCAACAAGCCCAGUGACAGUCAGCACGUCUGGAGUCACUGAAACAGGAUCAACCACCAGAACCACCACUUCGGGCCCCACACCCUCCGGACCCACUCCCCACAGCACCACAACAGUAAUGGAAACAACUAGCCACGAGACCUCUACCACGGGGACUGGGAGCCCUCCGACAGGACCACCUAGCAGCACCACCAGCACCACAACCUCAGGACCAUCUUCCCCAAUGUCUACAGCCAGCACUACUGUAUCACCACCACCAGUGUCAACAAGCCCAGUGACAGUCAGCACGUCUGGAGUCACUGAAACAGGAUCGACCACCAGAACCACCACUUCGGGCCCCACACCCUCCAGGCCCACUCCCCACAGCACCACAACAGUAACGGAAACAACUAGCCACGAGACCUCUACCACGGGGACUGGGAGCCCUCCGACAGGACCACCUAGCAGCACCACCAGCACCACAACCUCAGGACCAUCUUCCCCAAUGUCUACAGCCAGCACUACUGUAUCACCACCACCAGUGUCAACAAGCCCAGUGACAGUCAGCACGUCUGGAGUCACUGAAACAGGAUCGACCACCAGAACCACCACUUCGGGCCCCACACCCUCCAGGCCCACUCCCCACAGCACCACAACAGUAAUGGAAACAACUAGCCACGAGACCUCUACCACGGGGACUGGGAGCCCUCCGACAGGACCACCUAGCAGCACCACCAGCACCACAACCUCAGGACCAUCUUCCCCAAUGUCUACAGCCAGCACUACUGUAUCACCACCACCAGUGUCAACAAGCCCAGUGACAGUCAGCACGUCUGGAGUCACUGAAACAGGAUCAACCACCAGAACCACCACUUCGGGCCCCACACCCUCCAGGCCCACUCCCCACAGCACCACAACAGUAGCGGAAACAACUAGCCACGAGACCUCUACCACGGGGACUGGGAGCCCUCCGACAGGACCACCUAGCAGCACCACCAGCACCACAACCUCAGGACCAUCUUCCCCAAUGUCUACAGCCAGCACUACUGUAUCACCACCACCAGUGUCAACAAGCCCAGUGACAGUCAGCACGUCUGGAGUCACUGAAACAGGAUCAACCACCAGAACCACCACUUCGGGCCCCACACCCUCCAGGCCCACUCCCCACAGCACCACAACAGUAACGGAAACAACUAGCCACGAGACCUCUACCACGGGGACUGGGAGCCCUCCGACAGGACCACCUAGCAGCACCACCAGCACCACAACCUCAGGACCAUCUUCCCCAAUGUCUACAGCCAGCACUACUGUAUCACCACCACCAGUGUCAACAAGCCCAGUGACAGUCAGCACGUCUGGAGUCACUGAAACAGGAUCGACCACCAAAACUACCACUUCGGGCCCCACACCCUCCGGACCCACUCCCCACAGCACCACGACAGUAACAGAAACUGGUAGCCCAAUGACAACCACUGCAACUCGCACUACUCCCACAAGAUCAACUGCCAUCACCACCACCAUGACUUCAGGACCAUCCUCCAUAGAGUCUGCUUCUAUCACUACUGUAUCUCCGCCAUCAGUAUCAACCAGCAUCACGCCGGUCACCACCUCUGGUACAACUCCAACAGAAUCUUUUACCACUACUUCAGGAACAACCUCUAGGAAUUUUACCUCAAUUACUGCCACCACCACCACCAGCACCUCUGAAUUUUUUUCCCCUGGCUCAACUAGUACUUCUGGGCCAACUGCAACAUCAAGUUCAGUCACCAUUACAGGAAGUUCUACGUACAGUACAGUUACUCCUCUCAGUGCUUCAAGUUCAACUACAACUCCACCACCAACCACUCCUGGAAGAAAUUGUUCUGUUUUUCCUAAUGAAUCUUAUGCGCCAGGCGAGUCAUGGUGGAUCUGUGACUGCAUUAAGGCAAUAUGUAUAGAAGACAAUAUAAUCCAGGUGGUUCCCGUAAUCUGUAACCCACCUCCUAAACCUACAUGUGCCAAUGGGCUUUCUCCUGUGCAAGUCAUUGAUGAAGAUGGAUGCUGUUGGCACUGGGAGUGUGAUUGCUACUGCACUGGCUGGGGAGACCCACAUUACAUGACUUUUGAUGGACUAUACUACAGCUAUCAAGGGAAUUGUACAUAUGUCCUUGUGGAAGAGAUUUAUAAGAAAGUUGACAACUUUGGUGUCUACAUUGAUAACUACCAUUGUGAUACACGGGAUGUAGUCUCCUGUCCUCGAACACUCAUUGUGAGACAUGAGACUCAGGAAGUGCGCAUGGCAACAGUCAAACCAAAUACUCUACAAGUAGAGGUGACAGUAAACAAACAGGCAGUGGCUUUGCCUUAUAAAAAAUUUGGCUUGAGCAUCUAUGAGUCAGGCAUAAAUCGUGUAGUGGAAAUUCCUGAACUAAAAAUGAACGUGACCUACAAUGGCUUGUCCUUUUCUAUCAGAAUGCCCUACAGCCUGUUUGGCAACAACACUCAUGGACAGUGUGGUACUUGCAAUAACAACACGGCAGAUGACUGCAUGUUGCCGAAUGGAAACAUUGCAGAAAACUGUGAAACCAUGGCAGAUCAUUGGCAAGUUGUUGAUCCCUCCAAACCACAGUGCUCCCCAGGCCUAAUUCCUACAAAAGCACCCAGCACAACCCCAACACAGCCUUGCAAAGAAUCUUCCAUCUGUGAGCUUCUUUUGGGAAGUUUGUUUGAGCCGUGCCAUGGUUUCGUCCAGCCUGAAAAGUACUAUGCAGCCUGCGUUUUUGAUAGUUGUGUACUUCCCAACUUAGACCUGGAAUGUUCAAGUCUGCAGACCUAUGCUGCCACCUGUGCUGAUCAAAGUGUAUGCAUUGACUGGAGAAGUCAUACCAAUGGUGUUUGCUCUUAUAAAUGCCCCUCAGAUAAAGAAUACAGAGCAUGUGGUCCUAUUAAAGAGAUAACCUGCAAAUCAAGUCAACAAAACGAAACUUCAACUAAACAAGUGGAAGGCUGUUUCUGUCCUAAUGGAACAAUGCUGUAUGACUCUGGUGUGGAUGUCUGUGUGAAAACCUGUGGCUGUGUUGGAGUGGAUAAAAUACCAAGAGAGUUUGGGGAAAAGUUUACAGUAGACUGUCAGGACUGUAUUUGCCUGGAAGGUGGAAAUGGCAUUGUAUGUGAGCCUCAUGAAUGUGCCAAACAAAAUAAGACCCGUUGUGAUGGAGAAGGCUUCUAUGAGGUCAAUGAAGUCAAUUCUGAGGACUCCUGCUGCCCCAUUGUCACCUGCAAAUGCAAUACAAGCUUGUGCACAAGUAAAGCCCCCAAGUGUACACUAGGAUUUGAAGUUCACUCUCAUAUUCCCAGUGGUCAGUGCUGUCCUGUGUACCAGUGUGUUCCCAAGAGGGUUUGUGUACAUCAGAAUGCUGAGUUCUUGCCUAAUUCCUCAGUCUUUGUUGAUAAGUGUCAGAAUUGUUUCUGUACUAAUGAAGUUAACGUCAGCACUCAACUGAAUAUCAUCUCAUGUGAACAUAUUCCGUGCAACACAUAUUGUGAACCAGGAUAUGAACGUCAACCAGUGAAAGGCGAAUGUUGUGGAAGAUGUGUGCAGACUAAGUGUGUUAUACAUACAUCAGAUAAUUCUGACCUCAUCCUGAGUCCUGGAGAGUUUAAAAAUGAUCCUUACAACAAUUGCACCAUUUAUAGCUGUGUAAAUAUCCACAACCAGCUUAUCUCUUCCACAUCUGAGAUUACCUGCCCAGCAUUCAAUGAAGAGAGCUGCAAACCUGGAACUAUUACAUUCUUACCUAAUGGUUGUUGCAGAACCUGUGCACCUCUGGAUAGUCCCACACCCUGCUCUGUCCGUCAAAGAAAAGACUUUAUCGUCUAUAAGGGCUGCCAUUCUGUGGACAGAGUUGUCAUGACUGAAUGUGAAGGAACAUGUGGAACCUCCUCACUAUACUCUGCUGAGGCCAAUUCUAUGGACCACAGCUGUUCCUGCUGCAGGGAAUCAAGGACUACUGUGAGGGAAGUGGAACUUAAAUGCCCCACUGGGCAUUCAGUUUCACAUAAGUAUAUAUAUGUGGAAAGCUGCAGCUGUCAAGACACUGAAUGUAGCAGCUCACAAUCCAGUGAGUUGCAGAGCACAGAAGAAAAUGACAAGGCGAGCACUCUGAACCGUAUCAAGAGGGCCAUCAGCUUAACAGCAAAAUGAAGGGGAAAAAAACUAGCAACUUUCAACUAAAAGGACAAUUGUCAUCUUCCUUGACUACUUUUGAACUUUGUGUUUCCCCAUUACUGUACCCUGUUUGUUCUUCAAUUAUUUUUAACAGUGCUGUAUUUAUUUGUGCACAAAAUAAGAACACAAAUUUGUGUUCUUCCAAGUGCACAGCCUUUUGGGUCUUU